ACUACGCAUGCGCAGAUAGCGGAGUUUUUGCUGUUGUUGCCACCACAGGGAACUGACGAUGUGGAUGAACUAACGGUGUCCAGUUCACCACUUUUGGAUAAGAAAUGACAAGGGUUUGCUCUCGACUCGAGACGAUGAGCUAAAUUGAUGCUUUGAUUCAAACCAGCGCAGAUCAAACAACUGCAGAGGAGAUGAGUCAGAUUUGGCAGCGAGACAUAACCCUGUCACAGAGGUUGAGGAAUGACUCUCCUGUUGGCUUUGCCCCGGGGCCCCCAGCUACUGUGGCCCCACAAGGACCCAACUCCUCCUGGAUACCAGAUGCCCCAGUGGUCACACCAGAAGAGCCAAUUUUCCUCAUGACCUCCACUGCCCAAACUAUAUCGGGGUUUUUUGUUUGGACAGCUCUUCUGAUCACUUGUCACCAGAUCUACAUGCACCUACGUUACUACAGCUCUCCAAAUGAACAGAGGCACAUAGUUAGGAUCCUCUUCAUAGUCCCCAUCUAUGCCUUCGACUCCUGGCUCAGCCUACUUUUCUUCACCAAUGAGGAGUAUUAUGUGUAUUUUGACACAGUUCGAGACUGCUAUGAAGCCUUUGUCAUCUACAACUUCCUGAGUCUGUGUUAUGAGUAUCUGGGAGGUGAGAGCGCCAUCAUGGCUGAGAUAAGAGGGAAACCCAUCGAGUCGAGCUGUGUGUAUGGGACAUGCUGUCUGUGGGGAAAGACGUACUCCAUUGGUUUCCUCAGGUUUUGCAAACAGGCAACUCUCCAGUUCUGUGUGGUGAAACCUCUGAUGGCAGUGAUCACCGUCAUCCUUCAGGCUUUUGGGAAAUACAGAGAUGGAGACUUUAAUGUGGCCAGUGGCUAUCUAUAUGUGACUAUUAUCUACAACAUCUCUGUCAGCCUGUCGCUCUACGCUCUCUUCCUCUUCUACUUCGCCACGCGUGAACUACUUGUCCCGUACAACCCCGUGCUCAAGUUCUUCAUGGUCAAGUCAGUCAUUUUUCUCUCCUUCUGGCAAGGGAUGCUGCUGGCCAUUCUGGAGAAAUGUGGAGCCAUCCCUGAGAUCAGCUCAGCUGGCUUCUCUGUGGGCGAGGGUACGGUUGCUGCUGGUUACCAAAACUUCAUUAUCUGCAUUGAGAUGUUCUUUGCUGCUGUCGCUUUGCGCCAUGCCUUUACUUACAAGGUUUACAUGGACAAAAGACUUGACUCAUAUGGUCGCUGUGCCCCAAUGAAGAGCAUCUCCAGUAGCCUGAAGGAGACCAUGAAUCCAGGCGACAUGGUCCAGGAUGCUAUCCAUAACUUCUCCCCAGCUUAUCAGCAGUACACCCAGCAGUCCACUCUGGAGCGAAGUGGAGGGCCUCCCCUGUCCCGCAGCCACAGUAACCUCAGCACACGCGGGGACAACGAAAAGACCCUGCUGCUCAGCUCUGACGAUGAGUUCUGAGACUGAAUCAUACACUCAGAGACUCACUUUACUCCUGUAGCUCAUACUGAAAUUUUAUCAGCCAUGUGAAACAAAUCAGAUCUUCUGUUGCUACCUUAACAUGGCAGAUUAGAUUCUGCUUUCUUUUUUCUUUUCUUUUUUUUACUUUUUCUCAACAGUGAAAAGAUCUGAUUCUGUGAAAUUAUGGUUAACAGACUGUUUGAAGGAAAGGAGUGUUUUUACAAGGGAAAAGGGGAAAUAACUGGUACAGAAGGAAAAGAGGAAGCAUGAAGAAAAUGGAGAAGUUGUUACAAAUAUAACUGGGGAGAAAUUGGAGAAAAUUCGAAAAUUUUAGUUUGAGGCCAUCACUGACAGAAAUGCCAUAUCUAUAUUCAUUCACUGAACAUGGAUUGGUACAAAUAACUGUGCCUGCAUAUAGCGUCCUUAUGCUGCACUUUAAACACCAUGACAAAAAACAUGACACAUGUAAGGUGUUUGCUGCAGUAAAUAAGUGCCAUCUUGGUUUGAAACGCGCGACUUCCUUCAUCUUUAUGAAGGUUUUUACAUUGAUUCUCAGCCCAUUCCCCUCCUUACCACCCUGCCAGCUCUGUCUCGUACCAAAACAUUGCCAAAUAGAGGGAGCAAUACCCUGUGCUCCAGUUAAUGACACACACUGUCUUAAGAUGUAGAAUUGAUUUACAGUCAAUCAAAACUAAGGAGCCAUUGAAUUAUAGGCUUUGUUUUAACAUGUAAAAAUUUAAUCACAAAUAUUUUUUUCUUAUUUAAUUUGUAUGUGUAUGACCUUGAAGGUUUAACUCAUGUAAAGACUAGUUGGUUGGAAAAUUGUUAUUCCAGAAAUGUUCUAAAUAUUCUGUGUUUGUUUUCUUUUCAUUGUGGGUUCAUAUGAACAAGUGACUCAAAAAGGUAGUAUGACUCCAGCUGUUGGCCUGACUUUUUUGUGCAGUGAGGGAACAGCUGUAGGCAGACAGACAGCAAGGAUGGAAGGACAGCAGCCACACAGAUGACCGAAGAAGCGACACUUCCCUCCAGAGCUGGCCCAGCUGUGAUGUGCUUUGGAUUGUAAUGCCAUAAUUUAGGGCAUUACAUGUAGCACAGAACAGGCCUGCCUCUGCUGGUAUUGUUUAUAAUGGCCACAUUGCUACAGUGGCAGUGAGUGAGGAUAUUGGUCAUUACAGAUGGAUAGAAAGAUGUUUCAGUGCAAACAAGGCUUUACAUCUGACUGGACUCACAUCUGGAAAAAGAAUAUACGGGCAUUUAAAGUUCAUAUGAACAAUGUUUAGGUAGUUAAUAUAUGGGGAACACAUUCUACACCACAAGACUGAUGCACAGUGAACGUGGUUGUAGAAACUGUGUUUUCAGUUUAUUGUUCACACAUCAUCAACUGAUGUUUAAUAUGUGUUUUUAACAGAGGAAAGUGUAGAGGUUACUUGUGGCUGUCAUUGUAAAUGUUCGAUGGCUGAACACAGCUGUAUAAAAGCUGAGUAGAUCAUUUUUGACAGGAGACAUCAGGCCCAGUGCUGCCUCUAAAUGUGCUAUCGUCGUUUUCUUCUCGAGUGCAGUGUCCUUUUACAGACUGUUAACUGCUUGAAGAAUGAUUGUAGUCAGGAUGAAGAGAUGCGCUAAAUUGAUGUGGAUCCUCAAAGGAGUUCCACCAACUUUCUAAUGAGAAAAUCAUACUUAGUUAGCAGAGUAAUUAAAGUGUUUGUUGAAUUGUUGAAAAGUUGGUUUCCAACUGUGACUGCUAACCCACAUAACUACCAACCACCAACACAUGCAUCACUUUAGUAUGGAUCUUUCCACUAAACCUGUAGGGCUUUAGUUAGAGGCAAAGUUGAAUGAGUUUGCCCUACUAAUGUACUGUUAACUUAGUGGUAUUGAAAGUGAAAUUGAUAUUCACUGCCUUAUAUUCUGCCCCUAUGUAACAGUAUAUCAGAUAUCAGACUCAUCUUAAAUCAAAACACUAUGAAAUGCUAGUUUUGAUACAAUAUGAUUUGAACAGCUGGGUGUUAAUCACAAAGCUGAAUAUGUGAAAUGAUGAAAUAUACCAGAAAGGAACGAAUGUUGUAAAUAGAGUUAAACUAGGCACUGUGAAGCAUUUAUGAUGAUGGCUGUAAUGGCAUGGCUUGGUAUAGUGCUUCAGUUUAAUAUUUUAAUUUUUAUAUAUUCACCAGUUUUAUUUCUGUUGUGUACUUCUUCAUUUGUAUAUUGGUAAUAUUAUCUCAUGUUUUGAUGCUACGUUGGUUUCUGUUGGUGUUGAAAAGGAAAUAAAAGACAAAUGUAGACAUUU